AGCAAUUCAGACAACCACAUCGAUCUGUUCUCGGACAUCACUCGCAUCUUUCAUGACAUGAAUAAGAACAACUUACAGAUAGCAAUCGUUUCGAACAACGGAAACAAGGCCCUGUGUGAUCGCGCACUUUAUCUGUUUAACGCGCCAGACAUAAAUGCUGCAAUGCAGCCCAUCAACCCCAGAUUUAUUAAAUACAACGAGAACAGCAGCGAAUUGAAGUCGGACAUGUUCAAACAUAUCAAGGAAUGGAGCGGGUUCGACUACUCCGAGAUGGUCUUCUUUGACUUGGAUUCCAAUGAAAGUCGAAAGGUUAAUGCAGAUCACGAGUGUCCGCUAGGUGUGCAGCUCAAAGUGGUCGACAAGCAAACUGGCAUUACAUGGAAGGAGUAUCAAGAUGCAUUGCAAAGCACCAACGGCUCUCAUGGACACAAUCACAAACAAUCUGUGGGAAAGCUUGCACCAGAUACUGGCAUGCCUUCACUCGGUGCUCGCCUAGGCGCAGGAAAAUUUGCAGAAGCUUACCGAGCCAAGCAUGACCCCGAGUCUGUUAUUAAGAAGCUCAGGUAUUGGAGAUCAUGUUUUCAAACGCGCUUUGUGGAGAUCUACAAAGUGAUCGAGUCUGGCCGUCCAUUUGAACCCAAAAACAAACCCAACCAAGAGGACGAACAGUUCCUCUUUAUGAUUGCGAUAGAGUUUCGGAACCUCAAACUUGUAGGCGAAUUGAGGGCUCCAGAGUUGGACCGCUUUUGUGGGUGGUUCCAAUCAAAGUACAUUCACGGCACGCCGAUUUGGGAGACCCCGGGGUACAAGCACUUCACUUUCACCGUUCCUUUCCAAGUCUAUGUCAGAUGUGCUUUCCAUCUCGUGGUGGAUAGAUUGGAGUGGGCUGUAAAGGAGUAUGGUGUCGAACAUCGGGAUGCCCAUUUGGGUAAUGUUAAGUUUGUAGUUAACGAAAAGGCUCGUCUCUUGGACUGGUAA